UUUCAGCUUUUUGACAUCACUAAAGACAAAGAAAAGACUCAGCAACAACCAAUUAGACUCACUCUGUUGAGUACCGAAUGGAGGCCAUCGCUAUUAAACCUUUCUAUAAUCAUAAGAGGACUCGCCAUAGAGUUAGCUAAAGAUCCACAUGUGGAAGUUAGUGUCUUUCUUCCACACUGCAGUGAAGAAGAAAGGAGAAAUGCUGCAGGUUACAAUGUUCAGCUCAUUGAAGCAGAGAAAAUGGUUCCUGUUACUCAUCCAAUUGACUGGCUGAUUAAUUUACCCCAAGGACAUGUCAUGGAUUGUGUUUUAGCUUAUGGUGCAAGUGAUGGUAGAGAAGUGCCUUACAUCAUCAAAAAGCAGCAUAAUUGUAAAUGGAUUCAAGUGGUUCUUGAGGAACCUGGAAGGAACAUCACAGACCUUUCAGAGAGUGAAAAAUGGGAUCAGGCAGAAGUGGAAAUCUGUGAGAUAGCUGAUCAAAUUUUAGCCAUUGGGCCUAAGCUUGCAGAUGCAUAUCAACACUACUUUUAUUCAAGGAAUAUAGAUCAAACUGUGUUAAUUUACACCCCAAGCAUUUUCUCUGAGAUUUGGGAUGUUCCACAGUUAGAUGUUGUGGAUGUCAAAGAAUCAUCACCUUUUGUUGUUUUACUAUUUGGCCUCAGUGGAAAACUUGAAAUUAAGUGGUGGGAAAUUGUUGCUGAAGCAAUGUCUGCAUCGGAGGAUGAAACCCACAUACACAUUUUAUUCUCCUCAGAGGUAAAUACAGAUGCCAUGGAAAGAAAGUUAUUUGAUAGUUUCAUAAGACACAAUCAACUGUUCUUUAAUGUUGUUGUUAAUAACAGCUUUACAAUAGCAGAACUUACUAAUUUAUUCAGUGAGGCAGAUCUUGCCAUAAUGCCAUUCUGGACUGAAAGUUUUGAAUUAGCAGCACUUGGAGCCCUAUCUGUUGGUUUGCCAAUGCUUGUCAGAGGUUCUUCAGGAUUUGGGAAGGUUCUAAAAGAAGUUCCCUUAGGCCCUCAGUGUGUAGUUGACUCUGAUGAUCCUAAAGACUGGACCAAGGAAAUUAGAGCAAUACAGCAAAAACCCAGGGUAGUGCGACUUAAAGAGAUGAAACUUAUCCGUGAAAACUACUCGGAGAAAUACAACAUGGAGGAAUCCUCUGGAAGACUUUUGAAAAAGAUGCUUGAGUUGGUGUCAGGUACAAUUUCUCUUUUUUAAAUUAAGUUACAAGUUUAAUAAUUUUAUUAUUGAUUGCAUUUACAUGACUGUUGCCUUCUCCAUUUACCAACAGUAAGUUCAUAAUGAUGCACAAUAGGUUAGCUCCUGAAUGUUAUUUAUUAGUUAAUUUUGGAUUUUCAAAGGUCAGAGCAAUCAAUUUUCAGCUAGUAUUCUCUGCAUAUAUGAGUUUUUAACUUUGAAUCUUAUUAGCUUAGAAUUAGGUUGUUGCAGUUCUAACUUAUUCUACAGGAUAUUAUGAGAUAACUUGGUUUAGUCCUAUAAUUUCUUGCAGAUGAGCCUCAACAAUUCUCAGACUUUGUUUUCAUAUCACACUUAAUAAUUUUCCAAAGCAGGAUUGAGAAGAAAAAUGCAAAUUGUUUUACACAAUGAUAUAAAGCAAUUCUUUUGUGUCUUUUAGUCAAGGUGUAGAGAUUUUAGUAUGGUGGUUAUUUCUUGCAUUAUUUUCCAAUCAGAGUUGAUUUUAAACAAAACAUAAUGCAGCAUUAAUAGUUAGCUUUAGCUUUAUCCUUGAAUUUUGAAAUUAUAACAGGAUUCUGGGGAUGACAACUGGUUAACAUCCCUCUCUCAUUUGAAGGCAAGGAACUCUACUCUUAGAAAGAGUUAUUCUGGUUAGUUCAAUAUUCUCCAACAACAUUUUAUGGGGUCAAAUUACAGGUAGAUCUAAAAGCAGAUUAAAGUCAAGGCGAUCUGCAGCUAAAAGGUCAUCACCUGGUGUUCAUGAGUUCACUGCCAAGAAACAUAAGGGAGAGCCAAUGACUUUGCCAUCAACAUCCACUAAGGAAACAACCCACUAUAAAGAGUGGCUGCAACAAAGGGAGAGAGAAUCAAUGCUGAUUGAAGAAGAUGGUAAGUUUAAGAAUGAAUACUUAACCAAGUGAAUUUUUUAAUGAAGGAAAAGGGAGUUUCAAUGUCUCAUACUGUCAACACUACUCAUGUUAAACUUAACUAGAUUUACAAUUGUAUAGAUUUGGCCCCUUUGUCUGGAUUAGCUGAGACAAACUUUUUACAAGGGGAAAAUACAAACUGGUGUUGGAAAAUUUGAGUUUCACUAUGUUUGUAUGCUUGUUUUAUUAAAAAUAUUUAGUUCCCAUGGAGGGCGUGAUGUCCCAGUUGGUAAAUGUUAAGAUGGAACCAGAUACUGUGCAACACUUAGAAUUGAAAAAAGAUCCAUUGCUGGAUGUUGAAGUGAUCACAAGAUCUGUCAUUUUUAGGUAAGAAUUACUAUAUCUAACUCAUCAAUUUAUUAUCGGUAAGGUGGCACAUAUUGCAAGAGUCAACUGGUUAAUUUGGAGAAUUUAUAUUUAGUAAUCUGUGGAUAGUAAUGAGCAGAUUUGGUAUGAAAGAAAAACCAAUUGACUCUGCACAAAGAGAUUGAUUGAUAAGAGUGGCAAUGGUUUUACCAUCUCAUACUGAGAGAUGAUGACCUCUUUCUGAUUGGACUUAAAGCAUAUUUUAACUCUGUGAAGGGGACUGUGAGCUGCCCUUCUCAAAAGAGCCACUAUGAACUUCCAUAGACUUAGAGAUUUUUAUCACCAAUUCAAGUUGCUUUUGCACAGGUGCAAGGAUAAAUACAUGGUUGAAAAUGAGAUUGAUUGAUUACAGGUAUCUGUUUUGAGGUAGCUUAGUCAGAACUCAGGGCCUGGUCAAAGUUUCUUUUCUUUCCUUUUCUUUUUUUUUAAGUCAUUCAUAUACCAAACCGAAAAACAAAGGAAACAACGCUUUGCUAAAUUAGUGACAGGAUAGAUGAAACUUUUAAGUUUCUUCAGAGAUAGCUUUGAGGACAAGUCUCAUCACUCCCUCAGCUUUUUUGGUUAUAUUUUUUAAUGUUCUAAAGCAUAACUGUUAUUGAAAAAGGGGGGUAAUUUUUUAAAGAAACUUUGGUGCUGCGUUGGUGGGAGAGUAUAACAUGGUAAAUUGGUAUUAUCAACUGAUUUAAUAACAUAAAUUGGCCACCGUAAAAAGCUGCAAAGCUAACAUUUCGAGCGGUAGCCCUUCGUUAUUCGCUCUGACGAAAUCUAACGCUCGAAUUGUCAACUUUGCAACUCUUUAAGGUGGCCAGUCUGAUGAUACCAAAUUACCCUGUCAUAACUGUUAUUGCCGACCUUAUUUUUAGGGGUGAAGUUACAGAAAGAGGUUGUGUAUGGAACCUACCGGAAGCAGCCGCCUACGUCACAUUUCAUGAGGGAGCUGUGCCAAAACCUUUGUUAUUUACUUGUUCAGUAUUGCCUCUUAAACUUCGCUGUCCGCCCAUUUCUAGUGAUGAGCUUUUGGUAAGCAAUGUGAUUGAAUUGUCAUAUGAUGGUCCACCAGACCUAGAGUUAAGUGGAGAUGAUGAAGGAAACGUAACUGUGGCUUUGUUGCACAGUGCAACUGAUUUGAAGGGCUAUGAAGUGGUUAUCAAGCAAUUGGUGGAUCCAUAUGACAACGUAUGGAAGGAUUUGGAGACUUGGCAUGCAUCAGGUACAGGUUACAUGUCAUUUAUGAUGAUUGUUAGUGAGCUUUUGGAUAGUGUCACAAAACCAAAACCAAAGUACAAACUGUAAUCAUAACAGCCAAUCAGAAGAAAGGAAAUAAUUGUACGAGCCAAUGAAAACUCAAAGUAUAACCGAACAAACUGCCUAAUAAAGCGCGGGAAAACGCUGGCGACAAAGUCUUGAUUUGUUUUAUUUUUGCUUGUGAUUGGUUCAGAGAUUGGCCCGAGUUUUCUGGACCAAUCAACGAGCGAAGAAAAACAAAAACAAAUCAAUCCCGGAUUACUUUAUGCACUCAUUUGAAAAUUGCUCUUUAUGAUUAUUGAUUGUGAAGUCUGAAAACCUGGGUGAGGGUAUAUAGUCCUGAAAAGAACUGAUUUCGUUGACAAUUUGUAGCGUUUCGUUAACCUGAGCAGAAGUCAUCGUCAGAGUCCAGUGUGGAGUUGUUUGUAAGUCGAAUGUUGUAUGUGUGAUCGAGAUUGUAGGGUUCAGUGCAAGUUGACUCAUCCACUAGUUUGUUGGUAUCCUUCGUCCUUUAUUGAAUUGUUUUGUUUUCGCGCCGGUUGUUCUCAUUCUUCCGCCCUCUAAGACUUAAAGCCGACGACACCGCAGCAAAACUGACCAAUCAGUUUUCACGAAUCAGACUUAUAUGUUCGACUUACAAGCAAAUAUUUGCGAGAAAUUGAUGAUGGUUUCCUCAAAGGUUGCUGAAACAUCAGUCUUUUACCACCUACAACAGUCCUUCAGCCAGAAAAUUAGACUACACAAUCAUUUUUUACUCUUUAGUCCAUCCUUUUUCUGCAUUAUAGAAGUAACACAGUUGUAAUAAUUUUUUGGCACCUAUCAAGAAAACAGCUCAAAAUAUUCAACUGAAAUUUAACGUUUAUGUGUAGAAAAACCAGAAGUUUCUGACUGGCGUCAGCUUGUUGAAGCUACAUGCACCCCGUCACGAUGUUCCUCGUUUGCUGCCAUCUGGCGCCUAAAGUCCUUCACAUUUAAAAGACGUACUUCAUUGGCUCCUCAAUUCACAUGUGUAGUACCUGACUUUCCAGACAUAUGCGUUGAAGUUCCUUCCAGUUCUGUACCUGUUGAUCAGGACUUUACUCUGACAAUUAAGGUAUUGGAAAACCCCGUUAACUCGCUUGAUUAACUCGAACCCCCAGCUAACUUGAAAAGGACCCGAUCUCCCUAGAUUUUACCUCAUUUUUCCGGUGACUUACUAUAAGCUGGCUUAAACUCGGUUAACUAGAAUUCCCCGUGAAGUCAAACUAAUUUUACUUUCCCUUGACUCAAAUUUAUGCUGAGAACUCGAACUUAAAGUAAAAUGUUGGUCUCAACCUUUAAUCACGAUGGAUACGAACGUGAUAACAUUUAUUAAAACAUAAUACAUUCAGCUGAAUUUCCCAAACUAAGAAGCACUUAAUACAAACUAAAUGGAAGUAUGUGACUGUUGAUUGUACAAGAAUGGUAAAAACAUGAUUCCCUAUUAAUUAUUAACAGGAUAAAUCUAAAUCAAUACCAAGUCUGAUAACUAGAACCCCUGCUAAUUCGAACCAGUUUUUGUUUCCCGGUGGAGUUCGAGUUUGCAGGGUUCUAUUGUAUUAUCUUAUGUCCCAAUUUAGAGGCAAAUGACUUAGAUGUGUUUGCAUGUGCUUGUUAAUGAAAUAGCUACACUUGCAUCUCCGUUACUUUUAAUCCUUAAACAACAUGCUUCUAAAUAAAACCUCCCACAGAAGUAACUUUUAAAAGGUUGAUCUUUCUUUACUCAGGGACAAUCUGAAAAUUUUAUCUCUAUCCUGAUCUAAGAAAGAAGAUUGUUUUAUGGGUGGUAUUCACCAAAAGUCAACACCUUUUCUGAUUUUUCAUCUAAGGUACAAGAAUUUCCAAGCAAUGAGGUUGAAGACAUUGGGAUACUGUGUGGUCCUGUCAUUCACAUUUCAAGCUCUCAGAACAUUGUACAUAUGGAGCCUGUGACUUUCAAGGUUCCCCUCGCCCUUCGUGAAAGUAAACAUGACUUUUCAGAGCUUUCAAGUGAAAUCAUAAGGAUAUUAUACCUCGACUCAGAGGACAAACCAUGGAACGCUAGCUGGACGGACAUCACAGGUCAACUAGAAGGGCCAGUUACUGUUAAAGAUGGAAUUGUAGAAUUCAAAGUGAAGCAUUUCUGUCGGUGAGUUGUGUAAAAUCUUUAGUUACAGGGGAAAAUACUUCAUUUUGCUUUUUGAAUUCCGUCAAUAGACAGGAUGUUUGUCAUAUGGGCCUAGUUUUCAGCCCCUAGUUAAAUGAUUUUCUUGUUGGCCGCACUCUCACUGUUUUUCUUCAGAGCUUGCCUUUAAUUUGUUACUGACAGGGUGAGUUGGUUGUUAGCCGCACUGCCGCGCAGGAGGUGGAGGGUUCUAGCUGAGGAACGGACUAACAUUGAGCGAAUUUGAGAAAAAUUUAGGAGCGUGUGCUGCCUUUUCGAUGUCAUCGGGAAAUGAUUAGACUAGCUAGUCUUCUCGAGUAAGGGCUAUUGACCAGGGUUUUCAAUAAAAAAAAAGCCGCCAAUCAGUGGUCUACCACCGCCUAAAAGACCAUUUACCGCCGUCUGUUUAGCCCGCGACCAAACUCUCUCGAUAUCGACGUGUCUGUGCGGAGUGAAACAGCCUUCUACGUCUUAAAACACGAGGGAUCAUUUUUGAGCAAGAUGUUACAGUUUAUUCGUGUUACUUUCUGUUUUGCAGAUUCUGUGUCUGCGCGUUCCGUAAACCCGUUGCUCUUUUGGAAGAUUUUUUUCGUCGUCUUUUCUUCAGACCCAUGCCUCAAUGUGUACAUUUUCUCACUUGUUUAUGUAAGACAACAGUUCCUGAUACUUACGGCCUUUUAUUGUACUGUUAUCCAAACUUUAAAAAAGCUGAGGUGGAAAAGAAAUUGUCAAGCUAUGACGCACCUUACAAAGGUGAAGGAAAGUCAAAGGAGCCUGCUUGUGUCGGGGAUGGAAUUGUGGUUUCCCCAUUAGCGCUUGAUUUUGUGCGGGAGUCUCAAAGGAAAGAAAAGGUAGUUCUCAGGUAAGCUACUGAUUUCCUUUGAAAGGUUUGUCACGAUACAGCAUGGUAAGGCCAAGAGGCUCGACUAUCCAAAUUACCUCUUUAUACUCUAACUCCCAAGAUCCGAUCGUUAAUUCUCCCCUUCAGCUGCAACAGAUUUCCUCGUAAAUUAAUUACGAGAACUUGGUGUUAGACCAAGAUUACAACUUCUACCCGAUAAGUUUGAGUAUUCUCAUUACCUGUUUCCCGGAAAGUAUAUGGAUAUUAUAGGGAGAAGUUUCUUGUUAAUCACUCGUGGGAGUAAAGGGGUUUAAAGGAAAACAACAAACCAGGCAGGUUUUAUACAUUUUUCUGAAUCGCUUCCUUAGGUCACUGACAUUUCUAACAGUUUGUUAAGUUAGUUGUUCAGUUAUCUUGUAGGAAUGUUAGUUAGGUAUACAUUUAAACUUUGAAUAAUGCGUAUGGUACAUGUAGGAUAAAUAACUUUAUUCAUUAGUUUUUGUUCAAGUUACAUUUUGGUAGCAGGGUUAAAAAUUCCGCAUUCGUCUGGUUGAACAUGAUUCGGGGGGGAGGAGGGUUGGUUGGCAGCCAGUAUGAAGUAGAGAAGUAGAGAUAAAAUGAAACCCAUGCAAUCUAGCUAAAAAUAUUUAUUUGGUUUCCAUUUUUCAGGUUUCUUGGAAAUGAUAUAUCUGACAACAGUGACAUAGCUUUGAUUGUUCGCGUGGACAGCCAAAGUGUUCCAACGGUGAAGUUCUCCAAAGACGAAAAGCUGCAAAAACUUCUCUGUGAAGUGCCGAUCUUGAAGACUCGACUAGUAUCUGCGGUACAGAUAGCAUUGUUUAGUAAAUGUUCCUUUUAGAGCAAUAUUCAAUUUAGAGUCGAAAGUAAUCCGAGAUUGCAUCGGUUUUACUUUACUUCGCAUUGUUAUUGGUCGAGAAAACUCUUGCCUCUCUCUCAACCAAUCACAUGCAAAAUUAACAGAAAUCUUAGUUACCCGCGUUUUCCCGCGCUUUUAGGCAGACUGGUUGGUUUUACUUUGACUUCCUAUUGGCUCUUAAAGGUAUUUUCCUUUCUUCCGAUUGGCAGUUUUGGUUAUUUUGGUUUUGGUUUUACAACUCUCCAAUUUAAUUCAUGACCAACAUUUAUCAUUGGUACAGAGGUUUACUAUGCAUCUUGAAUUAUCUUAGAUGAUUCAUGGAUUUUAUUCUAGCGUAAAUGCUAGAUUCUAAACUCUCGAGAAUGAAAGAUUUCGUUCAGAAUACUGGUUCUUUUAGAUUUUAGUAUCUUCAGACCUUUAAUACCAAUUAACAUCAAGUGGAUGUCUUGUGACAUAUUGCUGUUUUGUUUUGUUUCGUUUUUUUAGUCAUGAUUCCUUGUUAUUAUUGGCAGGUUCCUGUAACAGAGGGCGGAGAUCAAAGAGUGGUACCAGAGGAAAGACCUGCACUAGGUGAGUGGGCCUUGAAAAUCACUCGAUCAUAGGUGGGGGGUGGUCCUAAAACCACGCGUUGUAUUCCUCUUUUUUUGCAAUUAAUAAGGUCACUAAGCCAAGUGUCAGGGUGCAGUUUUGAUGAAGCUCGUUUUGAUUAGGGACCAGACAUUUAUCGCCGGCGGGGGGAGGGUCUGAAGAUUUUGGUCGAGUAACGAUAAAAUGAAUCUGAUCUCUCUUAUGGUCUCUCUCCCCCACCCCACCCCAACCCCCUCGAUCGCAGUUUAUUGAAAGUCAAUUUUCUCCACAACCCCCCUUUGUACUCUGUUGACGACAACCGAUCCCCCUCAAUUUCCCCUGAAAACCAUGUCAUCCCCCUCGAAAAAAAGUCCUCCGUCUGCUACCCCCUCUCCCCACCCCGCGAUAAAAAAUGACUGGUGCCUUUACAGAAACCCAAAAGAGAAAGGGUUCAGUAGCAUACAUAUUUUGUCGGGUGUUCCAACUGUCGUUGAUCUGAGGAGUAUUCCCCUCUCCGUCAUUGUCUACCUUUUGACUAUCAUGAAGUAAAUCUUGUUGGUUUUUUUUUUGCAGUUAAAGAUGGUGAACCAGAUGAUGUUGAAUUGUCUGACAUAGCCGAGAAAAUUCCUCAACUGUGGAGAAAACUCGGACGUAUUUUAAGAGUUCCACGGGAAAAUCUAAACGAGCUUGGUAUAAAUCACAGGGACGAUGCCUAUGAAAGGGCUUUCCAAGUACUAUCGAGCUGGAAGGAAACUUUAAGUGAUGGUGCAAUUUUAGGGUAUCAAGUAUUGUUCGAUGCCUUGACCAAAAUUGGCCGCAGUGAUUUGGCCAAAAAGUACUGUUGUUACUGA